GAGAAGAAGAAGAAGCCGGUAGUGACGUGAAAAUGGCGUCCUCCGCUGCCCGGCUGACUACACGCUGGUUAACAGCAUCAGUUUCUUCUGGAUAUCGUAGCGGCCGUUUUCUCAUUAUUUCCGCCGGGAAUGGAGGAGUUUGUCCAGCGACCAUAUCACAGACACACCGGGCAGGGACAGCGGUUAGCCUGAGCUCCUGGACACGAGGAAAUGCCGUGACAUUGAGAGGACUGACAGGGGUGAGAUGUCCCUAUGGGAUUAGCUGCUGCUCUUUCCACUGCAGCAGCAGACUAGUAAACAAGCAGGACUUGUAUGAAGUCCUGGGUAUCUCCCGCACUGCCUCACAGAAGGACAUCAAGAAGGCUUACUACCAGCUGGCAAAGAAGUACCACCCAGACACCAACCCAAAUGACCCAGAGGCCAAAGAGAAGUUUGCAAAGCUAGCUGAAGCAUAUGAGGUGCUGAGUGACGAGGUGAAGAGGAAGCAGUAUGACACGUACGGCGCGUCGGGCUUUGACCCGAACCGUGCUGGUGCUGGCCAGCAGCAGUACUACAGGGCUGGGGGCGCCACUAUAGAUCCCGAGGAGCUCUUCAGGAAGAUCUUUGGAGAGUUUACAGGAAGCAUGGGCUUCGGAAACAUCAACAGCAUGUUUGAAGAAAGGCCUGAAUUUGUGAUGGAGCUUACGUUUUCGGAGGCGGCAAAGGGCGUGAAUAAGGAGCUGAAUGUGAACAUUGACGACACGUGCCAGAGGUGUGACGGGAGGGGCAACGAGCCGGGGACUAAGGUGUCUCACUGUCACUACUGCAAUGGCACAGGGAUGGAGUCGAUCAGCACAGGACCCUUCAUGAUGCGCUCAACGUGCCGGCGCUGUGGUGGGAAAGGAUCCAUCAUAAACACGCCCUGCGCCCUGUGCAGAGGUUCAGGCCAGACUAAGAAGAGGCAGACAGUCACUGUGCCCGUACCUGCCGGAGUGGACAAUGGUCAGACGGUGCGAAUGUCAGUAGGAACUAAAGAAAUCCUCAUUACAUUCAGAGUUCAGAGGAGCCCGGUGUUCAGACGUAAUGGAGUAGACAUCCACUCUGAUGCCUUCAUCUCAAUAGCGCAGGCCAUCCUGGGAGGCACAGCCACCACACAGGGCCUCUAUGAAACCAUCAGUAUUGUGAUUCCUGCCGGCUGCCAGGCUGAUCAGAUCAUCAGGCUGCAGGGGAAAGGCAUUCGGAGGAUAAACAGCUACAGCUACGGAGAUCAUUAUGUUCACAUUAAGAUCAAAGUGCCCAAGAAGUUGACUCGGAGGCAGCGCUCUCUUCUACUGAGUUAUGCAGAGGAAGAGACGGAGGUUCAGGGGACUGUCAGCGGCGUCAGUCCUUCAGGAGGAGGGGGCAGCAGUACUUCAGCCACCAGCACAAAGUCAACCACAUCAGAAGAGGGACAGGACAAGCAGAAGGAGAAAGAGGAGGAGGGAGGCUUCUUUUCCAAACUAAAGAAAAUGUUUAGCUGACACUGAGACUGCAGGUAAAAAAAAAGAAGCAAGCAAAACAAUACGGUAAAGGAAGAUGAAAGAAUCUACACACUGGUCCUCCACGCCGUCUCCUCUUGCUUUAAAAAUCCAGCCAGGAGUAGAAGGAAGAGAGAAGCACAGUGGCAUUUGUGUUGACACAGUCACACAUUGUUGAACUUGGAGAUGGAGAACGAGUCAGGGCCACCCACAUGACGAAAUUUAACCACAAGCACAGACAGGUGCUCGGCGGAGAAUUUCUUGAUGCGCUCACAAAUAAACCAGAAAGUGAUUUUUGCUUAUUUUCUGUUACCUCUCAUCCUCCUUAUUGUCUUUGAAGCUGCUCGAUGAGUAGGGAUGGGUAUUGAUAAGAUUUUCACGAUUCCGAUUCCAUUUUCGAUUCUGUUUAACGAGUCGAUUCUUUAUCGAUUCUCUUAUCAAUUCUUUUUUAACAAAAAGGAGAACACUAAGGUCGAUUAGCUUAGAACUUUGUUUUAUAUCUUCUCUUUGAACAAGAUAGAAAUUUAGGAGUAGCAUGGCCUUACAAACCCAACAGUGAGAUCUUAAGAUAUCCACAGCCUACGGCUCUUCAAUGGGGUGUCACAGGGUCCCCGGGGAAAAAAAUUGUAAAUGUAAAACAAUAAAAUAAAUAUUCUCCUGUAGCAAUAACAAAGUAUAACAUAAAUUAUUCUGUAGCAAUUACACCAGAAUAUCCAGUAAUCUCCCUGCCUACAAUUAAACACAUUCACUUACCGAAAAUCGGGGGCAUCUGCUGUGGCAAAUGGGUGCAAGCCUUUUACCACAAACUUAGUCACUGCUCGGUGACAUUCGUCUAUCCUGGCCUGAAAGGAGACGCUACCGGUAGACUGCAGCGACAACUGCCAGCAUCUGAGCCAGCCAGACUCUGUCUGUCUCUCUCAUCAUGGUCACCUAAAUGCACAGUAAUGGCAGGUUUUGUAAUAAGGCAGAUCGCACUAACAUAAUAUGCACUGUUAGUUGAUUAUUUACCUGCCGCAU